AUGGAACCCAUGGCAGCGGGGAAGCAAGCGCUCUACGCGCUGGCCUGCGCCUGCCUCUUGGGAGCAUGUUAUGUGCAGAUGUCCAUGUGGCGUGGAAUCUCCUUGACGGUGGUGGCCUUCGCUCGGUCCGUGCUGGAAGGCCAAGUCAGCAACCUCCAGGCGCGGCAGCGAUGGCGGGAGGCCAUCAGCUGCAUGCGACAGACCUCGCGGAUGUUUCAACUCACAGCCGCAGUGCUGGCACUCACAACGGUGCUGGUCUGCUUCGGGGUCCUGUACGACUUCGACCGGCGCCGCCACCUUACUGCCCUGCCAACGCUCAUCGUUGCCGGGAUUCUUCCAGUUGCGCUCUACGUCGCCGCUUCUUCGACUUCUCACUGCACGCGGCUGCCAUCCCUCGUAUGCAUGUUAGAGGAGGACGAGGAGCAGGAGGAAGACUAUAUGAACCUGGCACUUUUCCUCACGUUGAGCGAGUCAGGCUUCUUUAUGUGGGACACCCGAGUAACGCUGGCAGUGCUUCAGAAGUUCCUUUACUUCACCACGGCCAUUGUUGGAACCAUUGGCUUCCAACUCAAGGCCGGCUGA